UUGGGGAACCCUGCCUCUCAGCACGGUUGCUGAGAAUCUGGACUGUGAUCGUCGCCGGAUCUAGAAGUAGCUGAAGAUGGUCCAUGAGACACCUCCAUGCCGCCGAGCAGCAUCGUCAUCUUCGCCCCAUGCUCGUCGUGUUGAGCGCUGAGCUUGGCAGGAAUGGGCGCCAAGAGGCGCAAGUCAGCGAUCUGUUGGCGACAGCGCCCCAGAAGAGAAGGUCACUGGGCUCCUUUGGGCGUGGUAGCUCUCUCGUUCCGGGUUAGCUGCCAUGCAAUCGGCGCGCUGCGCAGGACACCCGCAGGGAACCCGCAGGAGCCCGCAGGAACUGGCACCGUUAUUGGCAGUGUGAUCAGGCCGGCAUGCGCUUGUGAAAUCGCCACCGUCGGAGAGUCACCGUACCCAUCGUGGAGUCGGGGGGUCGAUCUUCGUGUGUUGGUUUGGAACGUCGGUAGAUAGGUUUUCGUGUUUCGAAGCUUGUGAAACGGAAUGGAGGCGGCCAAAGCAAGACAUAUACCUUAAUAGUAAAUGCCGCGAUUGGCGCUUCAAUAAGA